UCCGUCUCUCUCUGUGUGUCUCUGGCCGUCAGGAGGGACAGACGCACCUGCUUUUCUCCACUGACCGCUCGCUGUCAGUCGGACUCUGCAUCUCUUCGAUCUCGGUUGUCUCCUGAUGGAGUUUGCGGUCUGCUUUUCUACGAGUGUGUUUAUGUGCUGAAGUUCAGCUGAAGUGAUGCGGGUUUGAGGACUGUUUCACUGAUGCGCGUCUCCGCCAGAGGAACAGCAGAAUGAAGGAAUAGGCGUUUCUCUCUCCUCCUUCACAAUGGGAUUAUUCAAACUUUACUUUGCGCUUUGCACGGUCGGACUUUUCUAUGUGUCAGGUUUGGGUGUUGAUCCGGCUUUACAUGUGGAUAUCUUCCAAGAGAUCGACCUUGAGAAAUCAAGCGCUGGAGUUUCCCAAGUCCAGGGAUUCCACAACGACAGCAGAGCAUAUCAGUUUGAAGGUUCAUCAAGGAAUGCUAGAGCUUCUCUCAAGGCAGCAGAGAGGAUUCUUCAGAAGUUAAGAGGAAGAACUGAGUUCACUCUUCUGCUGACGCUCAAACAGGAGAAAUUCAGCUCAGGAGUGCUGCUGUCCAUACACUAUGGAGAACAGAGGUUUCUGGAGGUAGAGAGCAGCGGUCUGCGUAAUGAGAUCCGUCUCUUCUUCCAAACCCCAGACCAGCGGCAGCAGAGAGAGGUCUUCCCCUAUAGUCUAGCAGAUGGACACUGGCACAAAAUCUCGCUGGCAUUCAGUGCCACCCAAGUGGUGCUCCAUAUUGACUGCAACAGAAUUUAUGAACGGAUUGUGGAGACACCAUCUAUGGAGUUCCCCAGAGGAACGAACAUCUGGGUUGGCCAAAGAAAUGACGCCCAUGGAUUUUUCAGGGGAGUGAUGCAAGAUGUUCAGUUAGUAGUCGUACCCCAUGGAUAUGUCGUCCAGUGUCCAGAUCUCAACCGUACCUGUCCCACUUGUAAUGAUUUCCACGGGCUGGUUCAGAAGAUCAUGGAACUUCAAGAUAUUUUGGCUAAAACGUCAAACAAGUUGGCUCUUGCCGAAGAGAAGAUGAAGUACUUGGAUGGCUGUUACUGUGAGAGGACCUGCACCCUGAAUGGAGAGAUCUUUAGGGACAGCGAUGCUUGGAUUGAUGGAUGCAGAAACUGCACAUGCUCAAACGGCACCGUGGAGUGUGAGAGUAUUUUCUGCCCACCGCCUCAGUGCCCCCCUGAUACCGCUCCAAUCUACAUGCCUGGAGCUUGCUGUAAAGAAUGCCAGCCCGUGUGUCUGUUCAGAGGAAGAGUGUAUGUGGAAGGUGACCGUAAGAGCAUUCACGACUCUGAGGGAAACUGUCUGCUGUUUGAAUGCAGGGAUCGAAGUAUGCGUAGGGUGGAAAUGACUUCUUGUCCAGAUCUGAACUGCCCCGAGUCAGAGCAGAUCACACUCACCGAUCGUUGCUGCAAAGUGUGCAGAGGGCAUGAUUUCUGCACCGAGGGUUACAGUCGCAACUGUGUGGAAAAUUCUGACUGUAUUAACCUAGAAGCAGGAGCUUGCUGUAGCUGUAAAGAAGGAUACCACGCGCUCAGGGACGACAGCGCCUACUGCCAAGAUAUCGACGAGUGUGCGGAGGGGAAACACUACUGCAGGGAGAACACCGUCUGUAUGAACACACCAGGCUCUUUUAUGUGCGUCUGUCACACUGGCUUCGUCCGUAUUGAUGAUUACUCCUGCACAGAGCACGAUGAGUGUGUGCGUGGACUGAAUACCUGUGACGAAAACGCUCUUUGCUUCAACACGGUUGGUGGACACAGUUGCUCCUGUAAACCGGGGUACAUCGGUAACGGAACUUUCUGCCGAGCACUGUGUGAAGGCCAGUGUCUCAACGGAGGCUCCUGUGUCGCUCCAGAUACCUGUGUCUGCCAGCAGGGCUUCACCGGGAAGAGAUGUGAGACAGACAUCGACGAGUGCUCCGAUGGGUUUGUGGAGUGUGACAGUCGAGCCACUUGUGUCAACCUGCCCGGCUGGUACCACUGCGAGUGCCGUGAUGGAUACCACGACAACGGAAUGUUCUCCGCCAACGGAGAGUCGUGCGAAGACAUCGAUGAAUGUGAGAUGGGGAGGCACAGCUGUGCUAACGACACGAUAUGCUUUAACGUUGACGGAGGAUAUGACUGCCGCUGCCCGCAUGGUAGGAACUGCACUGGAGACUGCGCUCAUGACGGCAAGGUGAAACACAACGGGCAGAUCUGGGUGCUGGAUGAUGACAGGUGCUCCGUCUGCUCUUGUCAGUCAGGGUUGGUGAUGUGUAGACGGAUGGUGUGUGAUUGUGAGAAUCCCACAGUGGAUGUGCUGUGCUGUCCUGAAUGCGAUCCUCGUCUGAGUUCUCAGUGUUUGCAUCAGAACGGUCUGCUGGCGUACAGUAAUGGAGAAACCUGGGUGGAGAACUGCCAGCAGUGCCAGUGCAUGAGGGGCGAAGUGGACUGCUGGCCGGUCUCGUGUGCACCGGUGUCCGACUGCGAGUUUACAGUGGUGCCGGAUGGCGAAUGCUGCCCGCGCUGCGUCACUGACCCCUGCCUGGCCGAUACAGUGCGCAAUGACAUCACCAAGACCUGUGUGGACGAAUACGGCAUUAGUCGCUUUAGCGGAUCCGCCUGGACCAAACACGGCACCGAGUGCUCCCUCUGCCAGUGCAAGAACGGCCACAUCUGUUGCUCUGUGGACCCUCUGUGCCUCUAGUGCUGUUCAGAAGGCAAAAUAUAUGACUUUUCCUUUCUUCUCUCUCUCUCUCUCUCUCUCUCUCUCUCUCUCUCUCUCUCUCUCUCUCUCAAGCUAUCUUUAUCUAUCUCUCAUGUCUGUUUUCUUUCGCACUCUUCGUCUCGGCUCCCUGUACAGUUUCAUCCCCUUCAGAAGAUCAUUUUAUACUGUAUUAUAGCAUAAACACAGAUAUACUGAUAGCUCAGUCACUGAAAAAAAUAAUAAUAAAUAAGGCCUCGUUUCAGCUUUAAGCAGUGUUUACAAUUUUGCUUGAUGCUUUUAAGGCAAGACACUGCAAGUAAAAUAGGAGAAAACAGUUAUUUUAGGAUUUUUUUUAUGGUCCAUUCACAUUUGCAAAUAAGGAAUUAUUUAUUGAAAUGUUUGCAAACAUUUCAUUCAUUUUAAUUUUAAGCAUUGGGUGAAGUCAAUUUGUUUGUUUGUUUGUUUAUUUACUUACUUAUUGGGGUUUUUAAAGAGGAGAUUGGAAUUGUUUCUGUUUGUUAUUACUUCAUUUUUCAGAAAAUGCUGCAAACAGCCAAAAUCAAAUGAAUACUAUGUUUCACUUUUUUUGUACAAUAAAGUGUCGUAUAUAAUCAGUCAAAUUAUGUAAGAACAAAUCUCUCUGGCAAAACCUUUAAGAAUAUAUCAAUAAAUCUGAGGUUUGGUAUGUGUAAAUUACAAAAAAAAAAAAAAAAGUCUCGUUUUGAGAAAACAGCCUUUUACAAAUAUGUGUUAAAAAUAAAAUCUGCAGAUUUAUGUGCAAUUUAGGAGCAACAACAACAACAAAACCUUAAGUCUGUUUUGAAUAGUUAGUUGACUUUACUUUUAAAUUAUUAAGUAAAUGAACUGUGGACAUAAUUCUAAAAAUUAAGUCAUGUCAACUUUAAAAUUACAAGUUACAAAGCACUGUAAAAAUGCUGCGUUGUCCAUGUUGUCCAAACGCAAAUUAAGUUAAUUUAGUUUUUACAAAUUUAAGUGGAUUUAAUAUCAAUAUUAUAAGUUAGCCAAAAAAAGAAAAAAAAACAAGACUUGUGUUGGCUCAGCUCAUUUUAAGUAAAUAGUUUAAACAAGCAGAAAAAAGGAGUGUGGGUUUACUCUAUUUUUAGAAAAAGUAAAGCUACUAAUUGAUUUUUAAGGAGGAGAUUAAAUAUGUAACCCAGUAGAAUAAAAUUCUACAAGAUUUUAAGUUUGUGAAAUAAUUUUAAGGUUAUUUAUUUAUUGUUUGUUUGUUUGUUUGUUGGAUGGGUGCAGAAUUACCGGUGGAUUAUGCCCCACUCACUUUAAAAGGGUGACGUCAGGCAUUGCCAAACUGCAUUGUGGAUUUGUCGGCGCCACUUCAGUGGCGUAGCUCACUGCAGAAUUUGGGAAAUUCUCAACUCUUCAAGCGCCAACGGAAGCGUUAGCCAAUCAGAUCGCUUUAUGCAAAUACCCAAACUCAGGCAGUAACCGAUUGUGGACUAAUUUCAUUGGCUGGCGCUGCUAUGACGAUCGCGUCAGCCCCAACUUCAGACACGGCCUCGGUCAAGCGUUGACGCUGUAGCCCCGUGUGAAUGAACGGUUACAUAUGGGUGCUCGUCCGGGAUAGGAGUGAGGUUUAGGGGGCUGAAUGUAACAGGCCAACUGCUGCAGUGCUGUGCAGGUAAACCUUAUUCCUUUGACCUCUUAAGGUGCUCUAGCAACAGACGCUAGAGGCCAUGGUCUUUAGCCUUCUUGUUAGAGCAACCGACUCCUCAAAGAAUCGCCGGUUUGAUCCUAGCUCAGAGCGGGUUGGGUGUAGUAGGACAUACAUAACAUACAUUUGACAAAAAGCUCAAAAUCUUAAAAACUGUAAAAGUCAAAAAGCCCAAAAUGUUGUAUACUGCAGUGUCUUGCCUUAAUAAUGUGUUUAUUUGUCAUUUAUCGAUUCUCAAUCAUUGGAAUCCAUGCCACGAUAUUUCAACAUAAAGAUCAAUCAUUGCAGAUUCCAUUCGAUUUUCAGGUUUCGGUAUCAACAACGAUGUUAAACCUAAAGGCUAAGUUGACGUUGACCGCAGUGUUUUGUGCUUGAUGGGUUUAGCGAGCUGCACACAUGGUAAAACCCUUUGUAAAUGAGACGCUCCAGGUUUACCAGUGUUUACUUAUUUCAGUGUUUAUGGUUGUUUCGCUCCUUUCUGGGAAAAUAUGAUCUUGAUGUUGUGAAUAGGUUAUUUAAUGUGUUCGUUUUUCACGUCUUUUGAAUUUUGUCUUUACUUUGACGUUUUUCUUUUUGUUGUUGUUGUUGUUGCACCUUUUGUCGGGUUGAUGUUUGGUUUCUUCAAUGGCUCGGUGCACUAUUGUGUCAUGGUGAAAUAAAAGGUUUACACUGAAAAAAAA